AUGGAUCCCGACGAACUUGAAGACGAAGAGCUUGAAGAGAUCAGGCGCUACGAGGAUUUCACGACAAUAGACUGGAUACAGGACUCUGUUCUGGAACGCAAACGACGGUUACGAUAUGCACGACACUCACUAUUGCCGCGGCGAAGUCGAGGAGGCUUAGGCGCAUUGACCCAGAUAUGGGCGCAGGCCCGGAAGAUCAUGACUGCUGGUCAGAGCUGGUUUGUCCUCAGCAUUAUCGGUGUCUGCAUUGGCUUGAAUGCCGCUAUAGUCUCCAUUGUCAGCGAAUGGCUAUCCGACAUCAAGAUGGGCUAUUGCUCAGAUGGGUGGUGGCUAAAUCAACAAUUCUGCUGCUGGGAAAUUGAGGGAGAAGAGGUUGACGGUUGCCCUUCAUGGCAUACAUGGAGCCAUGUUACUCUGGCCAGGUGGUUAAUCUUUGUGUUGUUUGCGACACUAAUUAACAAUCUCAUCAAUGUUGCGCCGCAGAUGUCCUUCUCUUUUGUUGCCUCCCAUCUUGUUCGUUCGUUUGCAAAGUACGCUGCAGGGUCUGGUAUAUCAGAAAUCAAAUGUAUCUUGGCCGGCUUUGUUAUGCAAGGGUUCUUAGGCUUUGCUACCUUUUUUAUCAAAAGCAUUACAUUGGUUCGUCCUCCUACUUCGAGAAUCGACUCAGACGACAUCUUAGAAUUCUUUGCAUAG